CACGUCAUGGUUGGCAUGUUAAAAUAAUCAAUAACCAUCAAUUCAGUCUUCAGCAGCCUCAAUACUUUCUCCAUUGCCAUGACCUCCAAACUACAAGAACCCAUUUGUCCAGCCCAGACUUUCUUGUACAGACAUACCUUGCUCCAGACUCCCAAAUCCCACCUCCAAAAACCAACCAAUCAAACCCUCUAAAAUCCAAUGCACGUCCCCUUCCACGCCCCGUGCUCCCAGAAAUCCAAUUCGCAACCCGCAGCAGCAGCAGCCGCCGCAUCCAACUGACAUAACGAUAUUCCCAAGCUCUCAACCCAUACCUUGAUAAACCUCCCACCACCCCCCUCAGCAAACCACCCCCGCUCCAAAUCCAGCCCAAAAUGGCGCCCCACGCCGGAGGGGACUCCUCCUCCUCCUCCUCCUCUUCCUCCGACAAAUACAAGCCCCAAGAUGCUGUCCACGCCGCCCUGACAAUGGGUGCCCUCUUCGGCACCGGAGGUCUCUUCCUCGCCGCCGUCAAGACUUCCCUCGAGAAGAAGCACGUCGGUCCCUGGGCUGUCUUUUCCAAGCACGGCAACAUCGCCGCUACUUUUACCGCCGUCGGCUCAGUCUACGAGUUCUCCCGCGUCGCCUCCGCCAAUCUCCGCGAGAAGAACGAUCACUACAACAAUGCUAUCGCUGGUGCUUUUGGUGGUGCUGUCUUGGGGUUGAGAGCCGGCCGCAUCCCCGCCAUCCUGGGCUACGGCGCCCUCAUGUCCGUCACCUCGGCCGUCUUCGAGUACACCGGCGGCCGCAUCCAAGGCGCCGGCCGCAACCCCGACGUGGACGAGUUCGAGCGCAAGGAGAUGCUCCGCAAGAGAUACAGGAGGCCGGUGGAAGAGACGAUUGCUGAGAUUGGGGAGGGGAGAUCCAUCAAGCUCCCUGGAUACGAUGAGCGGAGAGCCCAGAGGCUCAAGGAGGCCUACGGCUUCGAGGUGAAGCCUGUAUGCGCGGAUCCUGAGCGUGCUUGAGAAAUACGGGUAUAGAGGUUUAGAGAGAAAGAGAGACAGACAGAGGUGGCUGGGUUCCCCGGAAAAGGCAAACCAUUUUUGUACACACAUAGCCGAGAAUGGGGGGCUAGCCGGUGGCUCACCUCGCCAAAAUGAGAGGUGGUGUAAAUGGAAAGGGCUUUUGAAUUGUGGUUUUCAGCAUCUUCAAAAUUGGUGCUCCUUGAGCUUUCUGAAUCUGAGCUUUGCCUGUGGCGUAACUGGGAAUGAGCAGUCAAGAUGAGAACCGGAAGAGCAAGCAUCAAAGCGGAAAUCAAGUCUGAUUUUCUAGGUUUACAAAUCUCUAUCUCUUACCCCUUAGACCCCCUCAGAAUCCAGCCUACCACUC